GGGAGCGUUAAACUCGCCAUUUUAGAAGAACGGGCGAAAGUUGCAGAUGUAUAAAGAACUAUUAGUAGGCCAUGCUGCAGUGAGCUUCAACGCGACCACAAUCUGUGAUUGUAGUGUUUUUGAGGUCUCCUAAAUAGUAAACCCUUGUAUUCAGUUAUGGCUGCAGAGGGUGCUUCGGAUCAGGCUGCGGAAUACAUCCCAGAAAAGGUGAAGAAGGCAGAGAAGAAGUUGGAAGAAAACCCAUAUGACCUCGACGCAUGGAGCAUACUGAUUCGAGAAGCACAGAACCAACCUAUAGACAAAGCAAGGAAGACAUAUGAGAGACUUGUCACCCAGUUCCCCAGUUCGGGCAGAUUCUGGAAACUAUAUAUUGAAGCUGAGAUCAAGGCUAAAAACUAUGACAAGGUUGAAAAGUUAUUUCAGAGAUGCCUCAUGAAGGUUCUGCACAUUGACCUGUGGAAAUGCUAUCUUUCUUAUGUUCGAGAAACCAAAGGAAAACUGCCCAGCUACAAGGAGAAGAUGGCCCAAGCAUACGAUUUUGCUUUGGACAAAAUUGGAAUGGAGAUCAUGUCAUACCAGAUCUGGGUCGACUAUAUCAACUUUCUUAAAGGGGUCGAGGCGGUGGGGUCGUACGCAGAGAACCAGCGCAUCACGGCUGUGCGCCGCGUGUAUCAAAGGGGCUGUGUCAACCCCAUGAUCAACAUCGAACAGUUAUGGAGAGACUACAGCAAAUAUGAGGAGGGCAUCAAUAUUCACUUGGCCAAAAAGAUGAUCGAAGACCGAAGCAGGGACUACAUGAAUGCUAGGAGGGUUGCCAAGGAGUAUGAGACGGUGAUGAAGGGCUUGGACCGCAAUGCACCCUCCGUGCCUCCACAGAACUCCCCACAGGAGGCCCAGCAGGUGGAGAUGUGGAAAAAGUACAUUCAAUGGGAGAAAAGUAACCCGCUGCGCACAGAAGACCAAACCCUCAUCACCAAGAGAGUGAUGUUUGCCUAUGAGCAGUGCCUUCUGGUGCUCGGCCAUCAUCCUGAUGUCUGGUACGAGGCCGCCCAGUAUCUGGAGCAGUCCAGCAAGCUUCUGGCAGAGAAAGGGGACAUGAACAAUGCCAAGCUGUUCAGCGAUGAGGCAGCUAACAUCUACGAGCGUGCCAUCUCCACCCUGCUGAAGAAGAACAUGCUGCUGUAUUUCUCCUUUGCCGACUACGAGGAGAGUCGUAUGAAGUAUGAGAAAGUGCACAGCAUAUACAACCGCCUCCUGGCUAUAGAGGACAUCGACCCUACCUUGGUCUACAUCCAGUACAUGAAGUUUGCCAGGAGGGCCGAGGGAAUCAAGUCCGGCCGCGCCAUUUUUAAAAAGGCCAGAGAGGACGUUCGAACGCGGCACCAUGUUUACGUCACGGCUGCUCUUAUGGAAUACUAUUGCAGCAAGGACAAAUCUGUGGCUUUUAAGAUCUUUGAGCUGGGUCUGAAGAAGUAUGGCGAUAUCCCUGAAUAUAUACUGGCGUAUAUUGAUUAUCUGUCUCAUCUGAAUGAGGACAACAAUACAAGAGUACUUUUUGAACGGGUUCUGACUUCUGGAAGUCUUUCACCUGAAAAAUCCGGGGAGAUCUGGGCCCGCUUCCUGGCAUUUGAGAGUAACAUCGGUGACUUGGCCAGUAUCCUGAAGGUGGAAAGGAGGCGUUUCAUGGCUUUUAAGGAUGAAUACGAGGGCAAGGAGACGGCCUUAUUAGUGGACAGGUACAAGUUCAUGGACCUGUACCCCUGCUCCACCAGCGAGCUCAAAGCCCUUGGAUACAAGGAUGUGUCCCGCGCCAAAUAUGCAGCGCUGAUCCCCGAGGCGGUGGUCGCCCCCUCUACUCCGGCGCUGAAGGACGAGGUCGACCGGAAGCCAGAGUACCCCAAACCAGAUACCAACCAGAUGAUUCCCUUUCAGCCACGGCACCUCGCCCCCCCAGGCCUGCACCCUGUACCAGGGGGGGUGUUCCCUGUACCUCCUGCUGCUGUUGUUCUCAUGAAGCUGCUGCCUCCUCCAACCUGUUUUACGGGUCCAUUUGUACAGGUGGAUGAGUUGAUGGAGACCUUCAGGAGAUGCACAAUGCCAGAGACUGUGGAAGCUGCUGUGGAGCUUAUCACAGGCGGCCGUCCAGACACGGCCGGUGAGGGCAACGGGCCUGUUGAGAACCAUGCGGUGGCUAGCAAAUCUCUGAAGAGGCCCAACGCUGACUCGGACGAGGAGGAGGACAAAGGAUCGAUUGCUCCUCCGAUCAACGACAUCUACCGAGCACGGCAGCAGAAGAGGAUCCGAUGAAUCCCAGCCACAAAGCCGCACGGAGCCACCCUCCCAAAGGGCCUCACGGGUGCCCACUACGGACACUUACACAUCUAACAUAACUGUACCCUCUCUCUUUGUCUUUCUCCAGUGAUGGCUUGUCAGCUUCUCCCUUGGUGGAUGGUUUUUACUGCGGGUGUGAGUGCAUAUGCACACGUUACACGCGCACGUGUUCACACACAUAUGUGUGUGCGUGCGCGCAAGCAUACGCAUGUCUGAGUGGGCUCAUGGACCUGAAUGUACCACUUCCUGUUGGGCUCUUCUCAAAGGUAGAGGGGCUUUUUUUUGACUCGUGGUCAUCAUCCCUACCAUCCUCAUUCUCAUUCUUUUUUUCUGUGUUUUGGAGAUUUGUUUUUUUUAACAGUUUUAUUUUUAAAACUGAGUGGCUUAUAUUGUACAAAGUUUUUAUUCUGGAUGUUGAUUUGACACAUCGUUUGGAGCUUGCCAUGUGUGGUCUUGGUGAGGGAUGAAUCUAAACAUCAGAAACAUCAUUUUGUAGUUGAAUGGAAAUUACACUUCACUUCCAAUAAAACAGUGAAAAAAUGUCA